CUUCAUACACGUAAUCUUGAAUUAACUUAUUUGGUUUUAUUUGAAAGUAAUGUGAGGAAGCAUUGCUAUCAUUUUAUUUAUUUAUUUAUUUAUUAAAUUAACACACAAACAAAACUGCAAAUAAUAAUAUUUUUACAGAAAUAAAUGAAUAUGUAUAAUAAUAUUUAAUUAUCAAAAUUCUUUGUGCAGUGAAAACAAAUCCGUUUUAUUAGAAAGCAGACGACGCAUUUGUCUCCCUUGUUUUGGAUUUAUGGGUAAUUCGAUAAAGUCCGCCAUUUUGUCUCGGAAGAAGACAUUCGCUUGUUUAUGUCUGGGAAACGAACAGUAUGUGUGGAAAUUAUGACGUAUAACAUUAAAUCGUAGUUGCCAUUUUCUUUCAUAUACGCACUCUCAUAAUCCGGCGCUGUGCAAUAAUCCUGCUUGACGAUGGCAUCCCUGAAAUCUAAGAGAAAACAACUCAAAGUGCGAGCUGUUGCCCCCAAACUGAAGCUGUUUCGAGCGAACGAACCACUGCUGAGUGUGUUCAUGUGGGGAAUUAACCACUCGAUCAUGGAGCUGACUCACGUAAAUCUCCAGGUCAUGUUGAUGCCAGAUGACUUCAAGGCCUACAGCAAGAUACGAGUUGAUAACCACAUGUUUAACAAAGAUAAUAUGCCUAGCCAUUUCAAAGUAAAAGAAUACUGCCCAAUUGUGUUCAAGAACUUGCGGGAGCGAUUUGGCAUUGAUGACGAUGACUAUUUGAACUCUCUGUCAAAGCAGCCGAUUGACAUGGAUUCUCCCGGUCGCAGCGGGGCGCGGAUGCUGCAGUCGUUUGACAAGAGAUAUUUCAUCAAGACGCUGGUCACAGAGGAGGUGGAACAGAUGCAUCACAUUUUAAAACCGUAUCAUCAGUAUAUAGUUGAGAAUCAUGGCCAGACUCUGCUGCCCCAGUAUUACGGGAUGUACCGCAUCACGGUGAACGACGUGGAGACCUAUCUCGUGGUGAUGAGGAACAUCUUCAGCCCGCGGCUCGUCAUACACAAGAAAUACGACUUGAAGGGAUCUACAGUUGACAGGCAAGCUAGUGACAAAGAAAGGGCGAAGGAGUUGCCCACAUUGAAAGAUGUUGAUUUUGUCAACGAUGGAGCUAGCAUACACAUAGGACCACAUGCAAAGGAAAAGUUGAUGGCGAUGUUGCAGAAAGAUGCAGAAUUUCUGUCCAGCCUUCACUUGAUGGACUACAGUCUCAUUGUCGGUAUCAGUGACCUUGACAUGCCACAGACAGAAACGGUGGACGCUGCUCCAGCUGCGGCUGCUGAUGGGGGUGAGGAUGAGGAUGAGAGCGGAGACACGGAGGAGAACGGAUUUGACGAGGACAUGGCCGACGCAUGUGGUUCAGUACCCACCCCACCGGACAGUCCCCUCCCCAACUCCUCCCUGCCUUUCACUGGAGAGCUGGAUGAACAGCUGGAGAAAUAUGCCAUCAAAAGUGAUCCUUCGGCUGACUCUGGCAAAAGAGAAAUAUACUUCAUGGCCUUGAUAGAUGUUCUUACAAAAUAUGGAAUGAAAAAACGGACGGCGCAGGCUGCAAAGACUGUCAAGCAUGGAGCUGGUGCCGAGAUUUCCACAGUCCGGCCGGACCAAUAUGCCAAACGCUUUCUGGACUUCAUAGCUAAAUGCAUCGAGUGAUCAUGUUUUAAUUGGUCAAACUAGAAGAAUCUUUUUUUUAAUAAAUUUUAACACUAUACUCAAAUCACUGUACACAAUUCCAGAGUUCAUCUUCACAUUUUAGUCUGGUUGAUGAUUGAGAGCUCAUGACCGCAUGUGGUGAUCCAUUCAGCAGUAGCAUGUAGUCCGUUUUCUGAUUGUGUGAAUGCAGCAUGAAUCUUGUUAUCAAAAUGUUCCAUGUGAAAUAUUAUUUAAAUGGGGUGGGCACACAGUCUCAAGAUGAUUAGAGUUUUGCUCAGUGUUGACUAGAUAGUUAGAUGGUGUUUUGUACCUCAUGCCUCAAGCCAGUGCUUUCAUAUUGGUAGCGGCCACUUUCAGUUACAGCCUCACAUUGGUUUUUUGUGUGUUUUUUUGUCCUUCAUCUUUCCAAAUAAAACAACAGGUUUUCGUCCAGAAAAUAAUAUGUGGGUAUGUAAUAAAUACAAAACAGAAUGUUCCUCUCUUAGGAGGUUAUGAAUUUGAUAUGUUUCGAAAUGGAACGUUUCAUUUCAUGCACUUUGACAUUUUAAACGGCAAUUCUCUUACUGUAAUCGUCUAAGAAUUAUAAAAAUAUAUGCAUUAAUUUGCAAAAUUUUAGGGUACAUUAUUUUACUCUCCUUACCCUACCCCAAAAGUCCUGAAAAAAAAAAAAAUGAAAAUUGGAUUUUUCCAUUAGUCUGUCCCAUUUAAACAAAAUGUUCCCCAGUCAUUUAAUCAGCAGAUUUGUUUAUUUUGCAUUCAUCAAUUAGUGUAUGUAUUAUGUGGAAGAAAUAGAAUAAAAUCCAAAAUUUACAAAGCUAUUAAAGAAGUAUGGUUGCUAAUAGAUAAUUUAUGUAUGUGUCAUGUGGAAGAAACGGAAUAUAAGCCCAAAUCUUACAAAACUAUUAAAGAAGUAUGGUUGCUAAUAGACCGAUAAUUUACGCAAAUAAGUGAUUUUAUUUUUAAAUGGCUUCAAGUUGUUAUUUAUAUCACUGGGAUUAAGUAUCAUUGUCUUAAUCGGAUUCAUUCGUUCUCAAAAUUAUUAAGACCUCCACCGAUUUAAAUUUGCAGUUAUGUCCCUUAGUAUGUUAGUUAAGCUUCUGCAUCGUUCUCUUUUAAGACGCGUGACUGCAUAAUACAGAUCAGUUUGUACUUAAUUGAAUAACUGGUGCAUUAUUUAGGCACUAUUUAAUAUCACAUUAUUUAGGCAUUAUUUAAGAAUUAUUUAAGAAUUCUCAGUAGUAGAAAAUAUUCCAUAAUUAUGUGGCACAACGUAAACCAAACAUUGACCCGAUUAUCAUGAUCCUGCUUGAUUAAUGACAUUCUUUGUUAGAUGUGUACUUGUAUCAUAUUUGACAUUAUACAUAUAUUGUUUUGCUUGUGAUCAAGGCGUACAGUUUCCAAAAACAAAAAAAAUCUAUAUUUAAAAUGGUCUUACCUGGCCUGGUGCUUAUAAAACUUUUAGAGUCUAGAUUCGAGACUCAGUCUGAGACACUAAUGUCAUGACAACGUUAUACAAAUUGUAUGCGUGUAUCGUUAUUUGAAAUUGAGUCUGGACUCUAAAUGUUUUAUAAGCACGGGUCCUGAUGGACGAAGACAUUAGCCGUGUUUUACAUUUGAAAGCUGUUGGAUAUUUUAGGGAUGGGUUUUUUGGUUUAAGAAUUGAAAUAUUUGGAUUCAAAUGGCAACAGCGGUGUUGUAUAAAAUAUGUAAUACUCUGAGUUAUUAAAUGUUUGAAGUAUGGUGUGUGUUGUACCAGUAGUGUUGUGGUGCAAAAUGUGAGGAAGAAUUUUUUGUUUCUAAAAGGGAAUGUGAUUGGAUAAUAAAAUAACUGCGAAAAUUAUUUUCAAAGCAUAGGAAAUGCUCAAAAUGGACAACAGUUUUAUUAAACGGUAUUUUGAAUAGUGGUCAGUAAAAUCAUUUUGCUGUAAUUUUUAUUGCUUAGACAUAUUUUUAUUACAUUGGUGAAUAAUUUUGAAGUGUUAAUUUGUUUCUGUUUAAUGAAAAUGCAAUUACAUUACCUAAAAUGAUCGACAUCCAUUUACAUCAGUGAUCAUACCGCAUUAUAUUUCCAUCCCACCAUUAAUUUACUUGUUAGUCACAUUUGAGGGAUAGCUAGGAUAAUCUACAAAUCAUGUUAUUAUAUUUUUUGUCUUAUCUUUACGAAGUAAAAUGGCGAGAUAAGUAUUACUUUUCCAGCGACAGUGUCAACUUUUGUAGUAAAGUUUAACAUUAAAGUUUUAAAAAUUUAAAUCAGUUUCUCACAAACUAUUGGUCCUAGGCCAAUGAAACUUGGCUUGUAGUUGCACCUAUGGAUGUUUGUCACAGUACACUGAAAAUGUUUAUGGUAGACGAGACAUUUAAUUCCACGUAAUUCUUGUUAUUCUGAAUCUAACAGAAUAUUUGAUUGGCCAGUAGUACAUGUACAUAUCAGUAUUAAAUUGAUGAAAUCUGCAAAUGUCACACAGUUAUUUAAAAAAAAAAAAAAAAACUUUUUAAAAAGCUUUCACUAUGUUCCUGCUUCUAGCUUCAAGUAUUAAUCUCUAGAAAUACACCCUGCCCCAGUGUUUGUGGUCAUUGUGGUGUUUAUGGUAGAUCAGAGAGGGUUUUCAGUUUGUGGGAAACAUGUUUUGAAGGAGUGUUGUGUUUUACUGGAAGAAUCGGGACUAUUAUUUAACCACUAAGCACCUUACUGAAAAAUGGUAAUGGACUAUUUCGAGCCCAAACCAGUUGGCCUACAUUCAAUACAUCCAAUGUUUUUACUAGGUUCUUUGGCUUUACCAAUCACAUUUAUGCAGGGGCGUAGCGUGAUCUGAACCUUUGGGGGGGGGGGGGUCGAAUAUGAACCAAGUGGACCUUUUUUAAUUUUGUUUUUGCACCACCCGAAACUCCAUGUUUAUAAACUUGUAUGUUUUAGUACUGAGAGCGGACCAUUUGCUUCAAUGGGGGGGUUCAUCCGAACCCCCGACCCCCCAGCCUACGCCCCUGUUAUGCAGUUUUUCUAUUGCUGUUGGUUUCUUCUUGAUAUUUCUAUUCUGAAUGCAGAAUUUCCUAAUUGUUUUUACUAUUACACUAAGCAAAAUUAAUUAUCAGUGUUAGUUACAAACAGUUGAUUAGGUUUCGAAUGGUUUUGUACAUACUCAUUGAUAGUACCAUUCCUCUGGUGGUAAGACUCCUUUGGCACUGUCACGUAUAAAGAACAUUAUAAAUACUUAAUAAAUAGAGUUAGGGUUAGAGUUAGUGACGGUGCCAAAAGGAAAGUUCUUCCCCUCGGGUCAUUAUUACCACACAUCAACAUACCUGAGACCAGUGACUGGCAUUGGACAGUGUGUGUUUAUGCAAACUACGAAAUAAAAAACUAUUUAGUUGCAGUGUGAAAUACAAUACACGAUGAUUUUGUCAAUUAACUUGAUGGUGUUUACAUGUCUGUUGCUUUGAGAGAUUAGUUAUUCAUAAUGAUCUGGUGCUUUAUGUUUGUAAUAAAUUUUAAUGUUAUUUAUGUUUAGCGAAGCAUAAUAGAAGUGUACAUAUACUGUAUUAUAUUCUGAAGAUGGAUGCAGCUAAGUGGUGCACAAUGUUAAGAGUGCUAUGACAGGUGAAAAACGUUUAUACGGUAGCUUCUUGUGACAUCAGUAUCUCAUGAGUACAGAAAUCAUUUUUUGAAGAGAUUAUUGUAUAUCUCUACACGUCUGGAUAUAAGUUGAAAUCUAAAUAGCACUUCGUCGUCUGGUAUUACGCCAGAUGAGUGUUGACUUUAAUAACAGAUAUAUGAACCAAUUUGAAAGAACUUUUAUAGAUAUGGUGUACAUGCAUUUGAGCAAGAACUGUUAUUUGUCAUGUUUUUAUCAACUUGAAGAUAGUUUUGUUGACCAUUUUGUUUUGUUUUCUUCUUUUAAAAAAAUUAAAGUUAGAUGAACUAGUUUCCCUAAAACAAUAGCACCCAUUUGUCUGCUUGACUUUGCUUUUCUUUUUCUUUUUUAUCUUGUUACCAGACUAACCACUUUUUUUGUGUGUUUUAUGUUUUAAAGGAACAGUAUAACAAACAUUUAAAAAUUACAUAGAACUAGUGUACCGUGUAAUAAGUUAUGAUUUGUGACAGUAAGUGUUUGGUAGAUAUUUCAGUAAUCUCUAGGUUGAACUUUUUAAUUUGUUUCCCAGUCAUUUAAUCAGCAGGUUUAACCAUGUUACAAGGACUGUAAAAUUCAGAAAGCAUCACUAAGCACAUUGAUUAAUUAAUCAUCUGCUGUUGGGUGUCAUACAUUUGAUAAUUCAGGCAAAUGGUCUUCAGAGGAAAACUGAAGUUUUCCAUUAGCAGCUAGGGAUAUUUUAUAUGCACUCUCCCCACAAACAGGACAGCUCAUACCACAGCCUUGGAUACACCAGUUAAAGGGUACUGAUUGCGACGGGGGAGGGGGGACCCAGUGAUUUCAGUGAGGAGAUUCGAUCCUGCGACUGAAUACUAGUACUUCAUCAAGCGAGUGUUUCUACCCACAGAGCUAGAACCUGCUCCCACACACGGGUGAAGUGUUUUCCAAGAACUGCAUCAGAUACUAACAUUUGAUGUACUUGUGGUCAUGUUGUUAGAGUGCCUGCUAGACAUUGAUACAUGUACUGUUUUAUUUCAAACUGCAGCGAUUGUUGGUGCUUUUCUGUCCUUUUAGCUGUAAUUCUCUAGUUUGCUAUGAACAUAUAAUAAAAAUUUCAACGUG